AUCCAUAGUUGAAUUGGCUUGAUAUGAAUCUUUGUAUAUAUUGAGAAAAUGAAUCUUUAUAUUUUAUCUCCAUGAAAGUGGGGAAUGAUCUGUAUGGAUAAGCUUGAAUUGAGAACGAGACGUUCGUCAUAAUAAUUUUGCAUAUAUAAAACCCAAAAACAAAUGUAACAAGAAAUUCAGUUGUGUAUAUAAGAAACUCCUCAACGCAGUCUGAUCCUUUUCAGUUGGGGAAGGCGGGAAGCGAAAUGGGUCGUCCAAUUCGUGAGUUUUCGUUACAAAAUUUUCAGCCCAAGAGCUUGCUGGGGUCGCCUAAUUUCAGAAAUGGCUGCGAUUAGACCGACUCUAAUCCAAAAGAAUCCCUUCCUUUUUUCAUCCUUUUCAGUUGGGAGAAGUUCUCUUUCUGUGAAGGAAGAAAUGGACGAAACGCAUCUGGAAGUGCCUUCAAAUCUCAUUCACGAGUUGGAGGUGAAAAAAUUGGCUAAAGUGAAAGAUGAACAUAAGCUGUUUGAUGAAAUGCGAAGGAGAUUUUUGAGUUUUAAGAAGCACAAGUACUUGGAAAAUUUGGAGCAUUUUCAAGCUCUUGCAGAACUGCAAGCCCCUAAGGUAAUUGAGAUGAUGAGCAGGACCCUACGUUUUCUACUUGAUUUGUUUUGCCUUCUUGUGUUGUUGUCCUGUUUUGACUAUCUGCCAUCACUUAAGUUCAUUGUUUUAAAAUUACCUUGGAUAUUGGACACAAGCUCACAAGUAGAACAGUUCAUGGUGAUUUCUUGUGUGGAUUCUAGAGUAUGCCCAUCCAAUAUCCUUGGAUUUCAACCUGGAGAAGCUUUCACAGUUCGUAAUGUAGCAAACAUUGUUCCACCAUGGGAGAAUGGACCAACUGAAACCAAUGCAGCCCUUGAAUUUGCAGUGAACACACUUGAAGUUGAGAACAUUUUAGUCAUUGGCCACAGUAGCUGUGCUGGAAUCCAGAGCCUUAUGAGCAUGGAAGAUAAUGCACUCGACUCGAGCUUAUUCUACCAUGGUAGCUUUGUUCAUAAAUGGGUGGUGAAUGCAAAGGCUGCUAAAUUAAGAGCAAAAGCUGCUGGUGCACAUCUUAGUUUUGACCAGCAAUGUAAACAUUGUGAGAAGGAAUCAAUCAACCUUUCGUUGAAGAACUUGAUGAUGUACCCGUGGAUCGAAGAAAGAUUAAAACAGGAGAUGAUUUCCGUUCAUGGGGGAUACUAUGAUUUCUUGACUUGUACAUUUGAGAAGUGGACUCUUGAUUACAAGAACACCAGUAGAGUUGAUAAUGAUGAUGAUCAUGGAUGCCUUAUCAAAGAUCAAUCAAUUUGGUGUUGAGUUCUCCAGAUCAUCAUCCUCUGAAAACUCUGCUGAAAUCAUUACAUUAACACAAUGCUCUUGUGAAUAAUGUAUUGUAUAUGAAUUUAUCUAGAGAUUUUUUUUUUAUGUACGUUGAUCAUUUUUCAGUCUCAUAAAUGAUUAAUGAUCUGUUCCUCACAAAUGUAAAUUUGGCCUAAUGUUUAUGUCAGAGUGCAUUAUCACAUUUUAUAACAUAUCGGAUUAGAGAUGAUUGUCUAUCGUAGCCUUAAUGCAAUGACCAUGUCUAUCGCGAUCUCAUUUUUCUCCAUUACACUCAUGGAAAAAGUAAUGUACAGUGUGAGAAAAUGAAGAAUGCAAUAGAUAUGAUCAUUCCUAACAUGAUAAGUUAUAAAAUGCAAUAGUGUGCUCUGAUGUAAGCAUAAGGCUAAAUUUCAUACAUUUAUAGAGGACAGAUCAUUAGUCAUAAAGGCGUUUGUGAAAAAUGAUCCGAAAAAAAAAAAUUGUUAUUAAAUCCAUCUCAACUUAUGUCAGAAGGAGAUUGGACCCACUGCUACUGUAGCUCCAACCCACUAAAGAGGAGAUUUGGUUAAGGAGUUUCUACACAUAUAACCUUAAUUAUAAUCCAAUCUUACACUUAUGUUUGAAA